UUUUGUCCUACAGUGUUGCCGUACCCUCUGACGUCCAUUCAGAGCGACAACUAACAAUGGGUCAAAGCCAGAGUGGAGGCCACGGUCCCGGAGGAGGCAAGAAGGAUGACAAGGAUAAGAAAAAGAAGUACGAGCCUCCUAUUCCCACCAGAGUUGGCAAGAAAAAGAAGAAGACCAAGGGACCAGAUGCUGCUAGCAAGCUACCACUGGUCACACCUCACACUCAGUGCCGCCUGAAGCUGCUGAAGCAGGAACGGAUCAAAGACUAUUUACUGAUGGAGGAAGAGUUCAUCAGGAAUCAGGAGCAGAUGAAGCCCCUGGAAGAGAAACAGGAGGAGGAGAGGUCAAAGGUGGACGACCUGCGUGGGACCCCAAUGUCCGUCGGCACUCUGGAGGAAAUCAUCGAUGACAACCACGCCAUCGUUUCCACCUCAGUGGGAUCAGAGCAUUACGUCAGCAUCCUGUCCUUUGUGGAUAAGGAUCUGCUGGAGCCUGGCUGCUCUGUCCUGCUCAACCACAAAGUUCAUGCUGUGAUCGGGGUGCUGAUGGACGACACCGACCCACUGGUGACGGUCAUGAAGGUGGAAAAGGCCCCACAAGAAACCUAUGCUGACAUCGGUGGACUGGACAAUCAGAUCCAAGAGAUUAAGGAGUCAGUGGAGCUGCCUCUCACACAUCCAGAGUAUUAUGAAGAAAUGGGCAUUAAACCUCCCAAAGGUGUCAUCUUAUAUGGACCACCUGGUACAGGAAAGACGCUGCUCGCCAAGGCCGUAGCCAAUCAGACGUCGGCCACCUUCCUGCGUGUCGUGGGCUCGGAGCUGAUCCAGAAGUACCUCGGAGACGGGCCCAAGCUGGUGCGAGAGCUGUUCAGGGUGGCGGAGGAGCACGCCCCCUCCAUCGUCUUCAUCGACGAGAUCGACGCCAUCGGCACCAAGAGGUACGACUCUAACUCUGGCGGUGAGAGGGAGAUCCAGAGAACGAUGCUGGAGCUGCUCAACCAGCUGGACGGUUUCGACUCGAGAGGAGACGUUAAAGUCAUCAUGGCCACCAACCGGAUAGAAACUCUGGACCCAGCUCUCAUCAGACCCGGGAGAAUCGACCGUAAGAUUGAGUUUCCUCUGCCGGAUGAGAAGACCAAACGCAGGAUCUUCCAGAUCCACACCAGCCGCAUGACAGUAGCCGAUGAUGUCACGCUGGAUGACCUCAUCCUGGCGAAGGACGACCUAUCAGGAGCAGAUAUCAAGGCCAUCUGCACAGAGGCCGGCCUCAUGGCUCUGAGAGAGCGCCGCAUGAAAGUCACCAACGAGGACUUCAAGAAGUCCAAGGAGAACGUCCUGUACAAGAAGCAGGAGGGCACGCCGGAGGGGCUUUAUCUCUAACCUUCAAACUUUUCUUCUUUCUCACCCCCACACCCAUUCUUUAUCCGCCGCCGUGUGAAAGAGAGGAGACGACUGCUGCCUCCCAACAGAGAGUUUUGAUAUAUUUUGUGCAUGUUAUGUCUGGCUUCUCCCGCUCUCCUGUUACCGUUAUGUGUUGAGACAAUAAAUAAAAUGUCAAUUAUAUCCGA